UAACAAACAAACCAUCCACGGGAGCGCUACAGUUUUCUUUGGCUUUGUUUUGUUUCACUCAGUGCUUUCCCCUCUAUGAAAUGUUAUUUUGGUUAAAAGAAGAAAUGGCCCCCCAGGAGCUCACUCGGCGACUGGCCACAGUGAUCACUCAUGUCGAUGAAAUUAUGCAGCAGGACAUCAGACCCUUGGUGGCUGUGGAUAUCAUAGAGCAACUUCACAGACAGUUUGCCAUUCUUUCAGGAGGCCGAGGGAAGGAUGGAGCCCCCAUCAUCACUUUCCCAGAGUUUGUCGGGUUCAAACACAUCCCAGAGGAGGACUUCCUGAAUGUCGUGACCUACCUGACUAGCAUCCCCAGCGUGGAGGCUGCCAGCAUUGGAUUUGUCAUCGUUAUCGACAGACGGAGGGACAAGUGGAGCUCCAUAAAAGCAUCCUUGACACGAAUUGCUGUAGCGUUUCCAGGAAACCUGCAGCUCAUCUUCAUCCUUCGUCCUUCUUGCUUUAUCCAGAGGACAUUCACUGACAUUGGCAUUAAAUACUAUCGAGAUGAAUUUAAAAUGAAAGUGCCGAUUGUCAUGUUAAACUCUGUUUCUGACCUUCAUGGCUACAUUGACAAAAGCCAGUUGACACAGGAAUUAGGAGGAACUUUGGAAUAUCGCCACAGCCAGUGGAUAAAUCACCGAACCGCCAUAGAAAACUUUGCCUUGACAUUGAAGAUGACUGCUCAGAUGUUACAGACAUUUGGGGCCUCCCUGGCUACAACAGAGCUUCCCAGAGGCAUGCUGUCCACGGAAGACCUUCUCAUGUCCCACACAAGGCAGCAGGACAAGCUGCAGGAUGAGCUGAAAUUACUUGGAAAGCAAGGGGCCACAUUACUGUCAUGUGUCCAGGAACCAGUGUCCAAAUAUCCCACCAGCAAGCUCAGCCUCAAUGAACUUGAAAAUGUAGCUACCAUGGAAAGGUUAUUGGCUCAAGUGAAUGAAACAGAGAAAGCCUUUGGUCAGUUUUGGUUUGAGCAUCACCUGAAGCUUACCCAGUGCCUACAACUACAGCACUUUGAACACAAUUUUUGUAAGGUGAGGCUUGCCCUGGAGAACUUACUAGAAGAGCAAGCAGAGUUCACAGGCAUCGGAGAGAGUGUGAUACAUGUGGAGCAACUUAUUAAGGAACAUAAAAAGCUGGAGGAAAAAGGCCAGGAGCCCCUGGAGAAGGCCCAACUGCUUGCACUGGCUGGAGACCAGCUUAUCCAAAACCACCAUUAUGCGGUGGACUCCAUCAGGCCCAGGUGUGUGGAGCUCAGGCACCUCUGUGAUGACUUCAUCAAUGAAAACAAGAAAAAAUCUGACAUUUUAAGAAAGUCCUUGGAAUUGCAUAGACAGCUGGACAAGGUCAGCCAGUGGUGCGAAGCGGGAAUCUACCUCUUGGCUUCCCAAGCAGUAGACAAGUGCCAGUCUCGAGAGGGGGUCGACGUUGCCUUGAACGACAUUGAGACAUUCCUGGGCACUGCCAAAGAGUACCAGCUGCUCAACCCCAAGGAGUUUCACAACCAGUUUGAGUCAAUCCUCACCCUUGAUGUAAAGGUCAAAGCCCAGAAAGUUCUGCAGAGGCUGGGUGAUGUGCAGGAAAUAUUUCACAAGAGGCAAGUGAGUCUGAUGAAACUGGCGGCCAAACAGACCCGCCCAGUGCAACCUGUGGCUCCUCAUCCUGAGUCCUCCCCAAAGUGGGUGUCACCAAAAACCAGCCAGCCCUCCUCCACUGUCCCUCUAGCUCCUCCUCAGAGAACAUCUGAGGAACCUCAUAUGGAGAGAGAUUUGAACUCCCUGGAAAAGGAAGAUGAUGAUACUAAAUCUGAAGUCAAGAAUGAAGAAAGACUUAAAAGGAGUCACAAUGGGGGGAACCCUGAGCUGGAGCAGCCUGAGAGAGAAGCCCUCUCCCCCAGCAGGCACAUUAUACAUGACUUGCUUGAGACUGAAGAGGUUUAUAUAAAAGAAAUUAAGAGCAUAAUUGAUGGAUAUAUCACUCCAAUGGAUUUUAUUUGGCUCAAGCAUCUGAUUCCAGAUAUUCUUCAGAAUAACAAGGACUUCCUCUUUGGGAAUAUUAAAGAAAUAUAUGAAUUUCACAGCAGGACUUUUCAAAAAGAACUGGAAAAGUGUGCUGAAAACCCUGAACUUCUGGCAUGUUGUUUUCUCAAGAGAAAAGAAGACCUCCAAAUGUAUUUUAAAUACCAUAAAAAUCUUCCCCGAGCAAGGGCAAUCUGGCAGGAGUGUCAAGACUGUGCCUACUUUGGGGUUUGCCAGCGCCAACUGGACCACAGUCUCUCACUUUUUAAGUAUCUUGGAGGACCAAGCCAGAGACUGAUAAAAUACCAGCUGGUGUUGAAGGCCUUGCUGGAUAUUGAGUCUCCUGAAGAUGUGGACAUAGACCCAGGUGACCUAGAAGGAGGCUCAGCUAAGGAUGGGCCAAAGAGGACGGAGGAUUCUGCAUUCUCAGCUGAACUCCAGCAGGCUUUGGCAGUGGUAGAUGAUUUGAUCAAGUACUGUGAGUUGGCGGUGGACCUAGCAGCAGUCUCUGGAUGUCCGGAUGAUAUCGGAAAACUGGGCAAGCUGUUGAUGCAUGGUCCUUUCAGUGUCUGGACAAUUCAUAAGGAUCGUUAUAAAAUGAAGGAUUUUAUCAGAUUUAAGCCCAGCCAGAGGCAAAUCUAUCUAUUUGAAAGGGGAAUAGUGUUCUGUAAGAUUCGAAUGGAGCCCAGUGACCAGGGUUUAUCUCCUCAUUACAGCUUUAAGAAGUUUAUGAAGCUGGUGUCACUUUCAAUUCGCCCUCUUGGAAGGGGGAGCAAUAAAAAGUUUGAAAUUGCCAGCCGAAAUGGACUUGAGAAAUACAUACUACAGGCAGCUUCCAAAGAAAUCAGAGAUUGUUGGUUUUCAGAAAUAAAUAAAUUAUUGAUGGAGCAACAAAAUAAUAUUAAAGGCCAAGGGAAUCCACAGUUUGAAGCAAGAACUAGCAAAGGCAAUGGAGUGGAAUAUGCUCCCUGGAUUGACAAUACGGAAAGAGCUACAACUAGCCAGGAAGACCCAGUCUCUAACGUGCAUGGGAUUAAAGGCUGCUCCAGCAGGGAGUUUAUCUCCAUGGAAACCUCUGAAGGUGAUGAAGGAGCAGAAGAUAUGGAAAAGGAGAACAGCGCUCUGAGCCUCUCCGGACUUUUCCAGUUGGACGACUGCGAUGACACGUGUGGCUCCAAAUCUGUUUCCCUGUAUACGGGAGAAAGCAUGGAAGGAGAAAAAGAAGAACGCGACGAGGAGGACAGGGACGAGCAGCACCGAGGAGCACGCCGGGCUGUCGCCUGGCUUGGCGGCUCCUGCCGGGGAGACUACUCGUGUCCAGGCUCAGGCGGCGCGGACGAGGGCAGGACGCGCGAGGCCCUUCUCCACCGAGAACUGACCUUGGUCGCAGCCCAUCGCGGCUCCUGGCCCUGCCCGGCCGCCGCCUGUGCCACCCACUCCGCGGGGAUUGACAAGCCGCGGCGGUGCGGGGCCCGCGCUCCUCAAGCAGAAAGCGGCCAAAGGACCUUGGCGGCUGCGGAUCUGCGCCCUGGAGGGAUCCGGGGACCGCUGGGGACACCGGGGACCGCUGGGGACACCUGGGACCGCGGGGCAGCUGAUCGCCUGCGCGGGCGCGCGGAGCUCCCCGUCCGUGCUUUUUGCUCUGGGCCAAGUGGGAGCUUCAGCAGCAUCGCGGGCCUCUACCCACUAGAUAGAUGCCAGGAAACCCGCCGCCCCACCCUCCACCUGUUUAUAGAGUGUGACAAUCAAAAAUGCCUUCGGACCUUGCUGGGAACUGACACCCACUUAGCCCGAGCCUUGGAGGAGCCAUGGGAGCCGCGCCCCUCUCGGGAUCCACAGGAGAAAGUCAGUGCAGUGCGCGCUCCCACGCUCCCGCGUUCCCACCCAGCGCGGGCUGCAGGGAAGGGCGGAGGUGGCUCGGGGGCUUGGGGUCUAGGAUCCAAGCUGGAUGCAGAAGAGGUGUGGCCGAUGGGUGCUGGGGUCUCUGAACGCAUGCUUGUGAGACCGCUACAGGGGUCCCUGCUGCUACAAGAGCCUACUAUGGUCUCAGAGUGGAGGUGCUGGAAGAAGGCCAAGUGCACGACCUCCCAAGAGGAGUCUCUCUGGGACCUCGUGUCUUUGGUGGAUGACCAGAAGAGUCUUGCUGGCACCAGUCAUUGCUGA